AUGUUUGGUUGGCCGUCUUUAACUACACGAUCUUAUUUUUGGUUGUUGUAUGCCUUGUCGGCACUUUUUGCUAUUUACUGUUUAAGGGGUCCCUUAAAGAUUCCAGAUGGUAAGGUAUAUUUUUUAUUUAAAGAGGAGUAUAUUUAGAUACUAUUUCAGAUGUUUAAAGUUGCUACACUUUUUUAAUGUUUUUGUAUAUUUAAAUACUUUUUUUCUGAUACAUGACGGUCAAUAUCGCAGUUUCAGUUUUCUCGUUGUCGUCGUAUUUUAACAACUUGACGCCCAAGUUCUACGUUGCUUUGACGGGUACAUCCAGCUUGGUGUCCGGUAUCAUUUUGAUAUUCGAAUGGUGGUAUUUCAAAAAGUAAGUGCCUUAGGGUGGAAAGGAAGUGCCGACGCACCUGGGCUUUACUAAUUAUCUUCGGCCCUUCACUUCGAAGGGGGCCUAGCUUGACACCGCGCACCGGUGUCUUUUAUUUCUGUGUAACUUAAAUAGUUCUAAUGGGAAAUGCUCUCAUGUAAGCCCUUUUCGGUAAUAGGCAUGUAAUCUUUGUUAAUUCUCACAAUGACUUUUGUUGUUUACAGUAACAACUUGGACAAUGGAAUGGACUUAGACGAUCAAAGUGAUGUGGACGAUGCUAUAGAACAAAACAGUGAGUUGUUUUUGUAGCAGUUUUUAUUGUUUAGAAGAAGUUUUUAAAGAAAGAUGAUGAUUUUGAGUACAUUUGGGUAACAAUCAGGAACAUUUUUCAAUAGUUAACUGUCUUGCAACGCUUUUGUCUUAAAGUAUGUGGUUUUAGAAUGCGAGAAUGGAGCUGAAGAGCUAGCCAAUGAUUGUAAAGUUUGGAGGAAUCCUACAGCACUAUUUAGAGGAGCUGAAUAUCAAAGGUUUACGAGAAUGACACAACGAGAACCUUUGACUUUUCAUGAUCUUAACUUAUCAGCUCAAGAUCAUCAACAAAUAUUUUGUUGUGAACAAGAUGUGGGAAGGGAAGAUUAUGAAAGUAAGUUACAUUUUAAAUUUUUUAAAAAUGGCAAACUUUCUAUUUUUUUAUUAAUUUGGUUUUGCUAAACAAUAUUUUUAAUACUUUAACUUUACAUAAACUUGUAGUAAUGCAACUAGCGUGGAGAGAGCGAGAUGGGAUAAGCAGGAUAAAAGCGGCCAAACGAGCUCUCGAUAUAAAUGCUGAUUGUGCGCCAGCUUUAAUAUUAUUAGCAGAGGAAGAUUGUUCAACUUUAACAGAAGCCGAGGAAUUAUUAAGAAGAGCUCAACGGCCAGCUGAAAUAGCUUAUAGAAGAAGUCAGGCUUUAGGGCAAUAUGAUCCUGACUCAGCGGAACGAACUAGGGACAUGAACAUGUUGGUGUUUAUAAGGAGGAGGAUAGCCAUGAUUUUAAGGAGGCAAGGGCGGUUAAGGGAAGCUAUAAAGAUUAUGAGAGAUGUAAGUUUUUAAAAUCGCCUAAUUUUUUUGAUUUUAACUAUAUUUUAGGUAACAAUAACAAAAAAGUUAACAUUUUAUUAGCUUUUUGGAAUUAGAAUAUAUUUUAGGUAACAAAAAAUCUAAAACCUUAUUUUUAAGUUAAUAAAAGAAUAUCCUCUGAUGAAUGUGAUGAACAUACACGAGAACUUAAUAGAAGCAUUGCUGGAACAACGAGCGUAUGCCGAUGCUCAAGCAGUAUUAGCGAAGUACGAUGGUAAGUGCAAUAAGGUUAUUCGGAUUUUGAAAUUUAGAUAUUGCUCUGCCAAAAUCAGCGACGAUAUGUUUUAGUUCAGCAUUACUGAAAACACGUCUAAUAGCGGAUAAGUAAGUAUAACACGAAAUGAUUUUUUAUUUUAUUUCUUAAAUUUAUUUUAAAGAUUUUCAGUUUUGAAAUUAUGUUUGUUAGGAGAUAAAUGUUUACGUUUAGGUUUGAAACCGAUUCCCUGAGGCGGCGAGGCUUUUCUUCGGCCGAAAUGAGCGCAGUAGAAGCGAUUCACCGUGCUGUUGAAUUCAAUCCUCAUGUGCCAUUGUACCUACUGGAGAUGAAGCCUUUGAUAUUACCACCCGAACAUAUCUUGAAACGAGGGGACUCAGAAGCUAUUGCUUAUGCCUUCUGGCAUCUGCCUCAUUGGAAGCGAGUCGAAGGAGCUCUACAGGUGCUGCAGUACACUUGGGAAGGAAGUAAGUUGGUUUUUUGAAGAAUAUCUUUAUAUUACUAUACUUUAUGACUGUUUAUAUAUUAUUUUUAUUGUAGUUACAUAUAUUGUUUUAGCGUUUCGACUGAUUCCAAAUCCUACAGAAAAGGGUCACUUGUUUUAUCCAUAUCCAGCCACGACAGCCGUUUCCGAAAAGGAAUUAUUACCCGGUAAGCGAUGAGACCAACGUUUAUCGCUUUUGAGUUUAGGUAUUUAUUAUGACUAUAUUUCGUUACGUUUGAGCGAAACGAAGGUGUUAAAUGAUGUUAUUAUUCUAACUUUUAGGAUGGCACGAACUGUCUAUCUACCCCAAACGGAGUUUUCCUUUUGGAACUAUCUUGACAACCUUAUUGUGCAUAGCUGUUGCAAUCUCAGCCAUCAUUCUUCAUCAGUUUCCUCAAUCUUUUAAUGACGUCAUGGAAAAAUGUAGUGUCUACGUGAUAGCCAUAUCAAGCUCUAUGAUCGAAUAUGCCUAUAAUUUCAUACCAGAAAACGUACUAGCGUUAAUUGCCUCUAAGAGCCCUUCUCCUUCAGUAGUCAAUCAACCAGUACGAAGCUGAAUCAGCUUUGUUUACGUACGAAGUCGUAUAAUUAGAUACUUACAAACCUCUCAAUUUAUUAAGAUCUCUGCGGUAUCGGGAACGUGUCUGUUGUAAUAGAUAAAUGAAAGUCUAGUCUUAUUUGUUACGCAUUACUUUUAAACUAAUGGUAUUUAAUUGUUUUACUAAUAUAAAUAAAUAUUUUAAAUUUGGUAGCGAUUACUGCAAUGUUGAUGUUGUGUCAUUGUGAUAUCUGGCUACUUUGAAAAAAUGUUUUGGUUAACAAGAGCGUUAUACUAUUUAUUUUAACUGUUUAGAAAGGCAUGACCGCGUCGAUACAGUCGACGGAUUCGAAUAAGUUAAUAGACUAUUUACUGAGUGAUCUCCGCAGUUUAUCGACCGAAGCCAAGAAGAAACAUAAUCAUGUUAAGGACGCGGCAGAGUCUUGUUUGGUCAAGAUUAGGAACAUUUCGACCAAUUCCCAGCCUCAUUCACUUCUUCAGAACAUGCGAUCUGGAUGUAAUGAAAUCUUGCAUCCCAUGAUACUGGGCUGCAGUACUAGAGUACCAAAACUCGUACAAAUCUCCCUACAAGGGAUUCAGCACAUGCUACAGUAUCGUGUCGUAUCACCGGUAAGUAGUUAUUUUGGGUAACAUUUGUGUUUAGAAUUCUGCUUCGACUAUCGUGAACGAGCUGUGGAACCUGGCAGAGAACGAAUGCGAAGAGUUACGUGUUCUACAGACUGUUACCUCUUUUGUCAAUUCUGAAUUACUGGUUACGGACACAGCCUUGGCCAAAUGUAUCGUCUUGUCUAUCAAACUCAACUUCUCAAAGGAUCCAUCAGUGAUCAACGCCGCCAAUGCUGCCGUCCGACAGUUAUUUAGUUGUGUAUUCGAAAGAGUGAUUCAAGAAGAUGGCAUGAAAGGCGCUGAGAUGACAAUCGUGUCAGAGAUUGUACGAGAACAGUCCAGUCAAGCUCCGCCAACGUUAAGACCGUGUGCUGCAGAUGGGUAUAUGCUGCUUAAGGUGAGUAUUAACUUGUUUUUAAAGUUUUAGGUGUAAAUCAUUUUUAUUUGUUUUUAUAAGAAAUCUUAAUGUAUUUUGAUAGGAUCUGUGCGCGUUGGUUAAACGAGAACAGCCAGUAUGGCUGGACGGUGUUCAACGGAUUACUCUCACAUUAUCGCUGGAACUUCUAGAAGCGAUCCUCAAGAAUUAUCCUUCGAUCUUCUUCAAACAUUCCGAGUACGCUGAUCUACUGAAGAACUCGAUAUGUCCACAAUUAGUCAAGUUGUUUGCUCAUGACAAAGAUUCAAAAGUAAGUAGUUAGAUAUUUAAAAAUAAAAAAUGCGUUUUAGAAAUUUUAAUUUGCACAACUUUUAUUUUCAGGCAGUGUCACAUAUCAACUCGAGAGAUGCCCAAGUCGCUGCGUCUCAAUUGAAUCGUCGUUCGGUGUCAUCGUUAUCAUCAGCUUCUAUCCAGUCCACUAGUUCUAGUCAAAGGCCUUACUUUUCUGUCAUUAUGCGGGCUCUACGGAUCACUUACAUAUUAAUAUCCUUCUAUCACAAGGUCUUGGUAUGUGAUAUUUUUAAUGUAGUAACGUGUUUUGUUGUUCCCCUCGAUGAAUUGUGUUGUAAUAUUCUACCAUUUAGGCGCUACAAUGCGAGAUUUUGCUGUCGUUCCUUCUCGAACUGUUAUCGCCAGAGCACUCCGUUUGGCAGUCGGCUGUGGCUUUGGAAGUACUACACAGACUAACGGUACAACCAGAGCUACUGGCAUGGAUGUGCGAAAACUUUGACAUGCAGCCAGAAGGAGUUCCUUUGGUCAGAAAUAUACUUACGAAGCUGAAGGGAUUCAUUCAGAAGACUCUGGAAGCCGCUUCGAUCGACGAAACUCUAAAAGAAAAGGAAAACCAAUCAGUCAGCACAUUUGGACAGACUGGUUUCUUGUACAACGGGGUGUUUGUCCCACUCAACGAGAAUCUGUCGGCCAAAAGAUGGAUGAUGUGAGUUCAUAUUUAUUUAUUACCUAAAUUUUCCAUCGGAAUUUUUAAACUCUACUAAAUUUUAUUGUUCUGUGUUAUAAAUUACUGUAUUCAUGGUUUUGUAGAUUGGAAUGGCUUGACAAGCACGACCCGGCAGCUGUUCCAGAAGGCUACACUCUCUCCGUGGCCUACUUUAGUAUGGUAGAUCUUACCCAUAGUAUCUACGCAGUUGUUGAAGAAGACAAUUCUCCUACGUAUCAGGAGAAACCUACGGACUCCAAAAACAAGUUCGAAGUGGCUUCUCAGCUCUAUUUGUCGUCCUACGACCGCUUAAUCGAAGGUUUGAACUUGCUACUGGAAUGUAGCGUGGACGACUCGAUAACAGAAGCCGUUCUCAAUUCCUUGUCUACUGUCAUGGUAAUGGGAUGUAAGGUUGGAAAUGUGGAAGCAAAGGAUGCCACAGUUAGAGCCAUCUGUCAAGCAGCAUUACCUCAAGGAUACUUCGGAAGCUUCGUAGAACCGCUUUGUCCAGGAAACGAAAAGGAAAACAAACUUGAAGGUACUAACAAUAAUGUUGAUAAGGAUAGAGGUAAUUGAGGUGUAAUUAAGAGUGAAAUCCCUAUGCUUUUAAUUUUUAAUUUACAUGAUUUUAGUGACCAGCCAGACGAUUGGAGAGCCGAGCCAAGUCGUUGUUAUGAGCACAGUGUGUCCAGUAUCUAUGAACUCUAACCAAAGCAAUACGAAUGUCAUGUUGACAGCCAAGAACUUGCAAGUAGGACGUCUUCUCAUCAAUUCGGUACAACAAUGUGGAGAUCGACUUCUGAAUUCGUGGGAAGUUGUGUUAUCAACGCUACAGCACCUCUUCUGGAUUCUGGGUAUCAAAUCUACCGCGAACGGAGCUUUCAAGAUGGAUACGUCUACAGAAGGCAAAGCGAGUAAUGGUGCUGCUAUUGUGACGACGGCUGUUACGUCAGAAUUGCCAGAACUGAACACGAUGUUGAACAAGUUGUUUGAAUCUACUUCUAAGUACGAUGAAACGUCGCUCCAUCAUGUCAUCGCUUCACUGUGCAAGUUGUCAAACGAUGGUAUGAUUGUGGGGAAACAGAACCUCUCUAAAGAACCGUCGUUGUUCCCAUUGGCCAGGUUACUACAGACGGCCGAGAACAACUUGAAUCGGUUUGUCAUCUUUUGGAGACCGGUUACGUCACACUUACUGGAGGUAUGCUUUUUUUAAAUUGUUUUGAUCUUAAAAAACUACCGAAUUAUUACUGAAAUCCAUUAUCGUUAUUGUAGAUUUGCGUUCAUCCUAAUGGAAUACUGCGAGAUUGGGGAGCUUUGUGUUUAACAAGUCUCGUUAAAAGCGCUUUGAAGUCUUUGAACGAUGAAGAUCCAAAAGUUGACAUUGUGGUAAGGAUUUGAUAUUUUGAAUUGAUUUAAAUAUUUUUUUCCCGGAUUAUUAGUAGUAAUACUUUAUUUUAGAAGCAAGAACAACUGAUUCUGUCCCCGCUCUCUGCCAUGAACGAGUCCGAGUACAUCGACGUCAGAUCCAAACAGAUCGACUGUCUUCUUAAUGUCCUUCAGUCAGAUCGGCACCAUUUGAGUCCAGAAUUGUGGCCAGUCGUUAUUAACAUUGUGACGGCAGUAGUAGAACACAAGUCGGUAGCUAAUGCUGAACUGGUCGAUCAAGGUUUUGGGAUUGCCAAGUUGUUGAUAAAAGAGUUUCUGAGCGGUCUGCCUCUAGAUUGUGUGCAACUUGUAGUAGAGACUGAUGCCAAGUAUGGUCAUCAACAGCUGAACAUGAACAUAUCACUAGCAGCGGUCGGCUUACUAGUAGGUUUUGUCAUAGUUUGUAUAUUGUCAUAUGAUGUGAUUGUAAGUUAAAUAUUGAUUAACGUAUUUUAGUGGGACAUUUCUGAUUUUGUGAGUGGAAUCAGCCACGUUGGUGGAGGGAACGAGAACGUCGAGCAGAUGUGGCUUGUAAUCUAUAACUGUUUGAGUGAACUGUGUGUCGACUCUCGACCUCCAGUCAGGAAGUCAGCUUGUGAUACUCUACUUCAAACUGUAGCGGCUCAUGGUCACAUCUUGAAGGCCAGCACGUGGGAUCACAUGGUUUGGAAGGUGAGUUGAUAUAAAUAUUUAUUCUUGUUGCUGAAUCUAGGUCUUGUUGUGGAUGACAUAAUCUUAUUUUUUAGAUUCUGUUUCCAAUGUUGGACAAGGUACGCGUGGAAACGAAGAACGCCUCAACAAAGAAGGCGGAUUCUUCAGCCCUUGGUGCUCCAAACAUGAUUCUCCAUCAUUCACGGGAUACAGAAUCCAAACAAUGGGCAGAAACGACUGUUCGAACGUUUGGAGGUGUGGUCAAGAUCUUUAACGCUCAGAGGAACACCUUGGUCGAGUUGAGUAUGUGAUUUUAUCAUCAUUUGUAAUAUUUCUUGAUAUGGUAAUUAUUUUGAUUUACAGAAACGUUCGAAGAAUGUUGGAAAACGUUGCUGAAGUUCAUAGAGUACGUGGCGGGAACGGAUAACAGUGAAAUGUCAUUGGCGGCGUUGAAGAACUUCCAAGAAUUGUUAUUCGGAAGAGCUCAAACGGCUGCAGAUCCCAAGAAGAAGAAGAAUGGGUAAGAAUACUUUCAUUCUUAUGUGAACGCAUCAUGUGGUAUAGUAUAUGAAUGUUUACUUUAGAUUGUCAAAUGAAGAACAAGCUCUUCCGUUGCCAGAAAAAUUGUGGAUGACAUCUUGGAAGGCGUUCAUGAACAUCGCCGAAGUUGUAACGUCACCAACGAUCCCAGAAGCUUCAUUGUCUACAGCUGAGCUGAUGGCGGCGACUUCAGACUACCAGAAACACUUCAUUCCUGGGACCUUCCACUUCACCACUCUUCUGUCAGCCUUCCAGCCGCUGUUCUACAGAGUUUGUAAAAAGCUGGGCUCAGAGGACGUAAUUGGUAUAUUGUCCAUCUUCAAGGUUGGUUUUCUUACUGUUUUGGAUAUUCAUUUCAAAAUGUUGACUUAAGAUAAAUUUUAUAUUCAGAGGAUAGUCAGUACGCCCAUGUCAGACCAAACGCCGUUUAUGAUGACAGCUCAGAAUUCGGAGAUCAAUCCCUCACAAGAAUGCAUACUUGACUGUAUGUAUGUCAUAUUCCAGGUAUGAAAUAUCGUUUUUCUGUAAAUGAAAAAACCCUUUACUAUAUGUUUGGACAGCCUUAACAUUUACUUUCAGGAGCAGUGUGAACCAAAUUCGAAGCUUCGACCGAUUCUGCCAGAUCUACUUAAAACUCUACUGGAGUUUGUAGGAUUCUCAACCAGACCUCCCGUAUCCGGAUUUGUACAGAAAGACAAACAGGUGAAUUGGGCACAGCAAAAUCUGAUUUCCUUCGCCGAGUUGUCUCUUCGUACUAGUGUAGCAUAUUACUCCAAGGUCUACAACUAUCCAGAAGUGUUGGAGCAGCAAGUGUUUGUUAACUUUAUCUAUGUGAGUUUUCUAAUGGUCAAGUUUUUAGGUAAUCAUAUUUUUAUUUUAUUGCUCUUAAAUUUUUUAUUCAGGCCAUCAAAGAACCACUGUCUCUGAAGUACCAAUGCCCCAGUCAGACCACGUGGAAAAUAGCAGCCAACUUUUUUGUCCAAAUUUGCGGUAUUGGACUGCCAAUUGCGCGGGAAAAUGGUAAUUUUUAAAAAUUUUUGGUUGUUAUCAUUAAGUAAGUGUCAAUUUAAACGUAAUAUUUACAUUACUAUUGCAGUGGUUCAAUUCUCUGGCCUGUGGAACGUCUUGGCCGAUGCCAUCGAAGACUUUUUGUUCACCAAAUUCAAGUCAGAAACGCCUCUGAAUGCAGAUGAACGAAAGCGACACGAAUACAUUGACUGUCAGAUAAUAGAGCUGAUACGAGUAGAAGUACUACCGUAUGCUUCUCGGCUGCCUCGAGAGUUUAUGCAACGGAUGAUCGAGAUUCUGAACCGAGGCUCCAUUAACGCGAUGGAUUCGAAUGAUGUGAUGGGUGAGUCAGCCUCUAACCCCUCGACGCUUACUCCUGUCUGUUCCGCCUAGAGUAAUGUAACUGUCUCAAAAGUUUAAAACUUCAAUUUUGAGACUAUCUUGACAUUAUAUAUGUUAGUUGGGUCAAUUAAUAUAGAUAGUGUUCCAAACAUUUAAAGGAAAAGAGACAUGUUUAAUUGAUCCACCUAAUGUUGUUGCUUACUAACACUUGAAUAGCACUUUACCUUUCGCUUUGGAUGUUCACUAUUGGUUCAGGGAUAAUAUUUCCGAGAUUAUACUUUAGCUUCAGACUCAUUUCAACAACGUGCUGAUUUGUCGCGAGUUUGCUUCGAUGCACUUUUAUCGAUGAGUAAGGGCGGCGACGACUCCACCGAGAGCGGCAAAAACAAUGUCGUUCUCAAUUCUUUAGGAUCGACAGCCAUUACUUCGCUUCUGAACAGGUGUAAACAAGUCAGUUUUUUUGUUAUUGUAGUUAAAUUUGGUGUAUUAUAUUAUUAACAUCAAUAUAACGCAUAAUUGCAUUGUUAUAUAGAUAUUUUACCCCAAGGUGAAUUGCAGGUUCUGAACAACUACGCCCGUGAUGAACAAGGUGCAGGUCACUUCCGUCUGCCACAGGAAAGAAUCUUCGAGACGAUAUCUGUCCUCAGAGCCAUAUCCACCCUGAUUGACGGUCUCAGCAAACACCCCGAAGCUGUUCACUCUUCUCUAUAUCAACAUCUGGUCAGUCUUCACCCGAAUCUGGUACAACUGAUACCAUCUUGUCGUAGUGACCAACAGAUCGAGUUGGCCUUGAUGACAGCCCUAAACUCGUACCAAACUCUUCUCCUCAUCAACAUUCAUAACCGGAACCUGUAA